AUGGUAGCUGAUCAAAAGUAUUCAUCUGAUAUAUCCAGCGAGCAGGAAGUUAUCAGGCGUACAGAGAAAUUAGCCCAGUCAUUAGGACUGGAUGAGCAGAAUACAAGAGCAUAUAAAGCACUCUCUGGACAGAUUUGGGCAUUAGAAAAAAGACUGGAAGAUUAUCAUAUCAAAUAUGUAAAGCUUAAAAGGAAGGUCAAUUUAUUGGAAGAUGAAUUGGAUGAUGAAUUGGAUGAUCUGAACGAAUGUGUAGAUAGGGGAGCUGUGGUCGACUUAAUACAUGAAAUAGUUCCCUCGCUAAUUAGUAAAAAAGGGCUGAAAGGCGAUGUGCAUAAGGAUUCCUACUAUUCGUUUGAGUCUUCUGAAGAUUCUGAUUCGGUUGAGGUAAGAGAAAAAAAGGCUGUCCCUCAUAAGCAACGAAGAAGGGCGCGACCAAAGAAAGUUAAGACCCUUCGAUCAGGAUGA